AUGGCUUCCAUAUCCCUUUCGUUCCGUCAAGCUACGCCUGCCGAUAUAGACGCGAUCCUGCCCAUCAUCCGCAGAGCCUAUCGCGGCCGUGAAGGUUGGACCACGGAGGCUGAUUGGCUGAACGACAAGCGCAUCUCACCCGCAGGUCUGCUGGAGAAGAUCAACAACCCUCGAGGCGUCGUGUUCGUCGCGAUAGAUGACGGGACCGGAGAGGUUGUCUCCUGUUGCGAGCUCGAGCUCCAAAAGUCCAGCGGUCUGCCCGUCGGAUAUUUUGGCUUGUUCGCCGUCGACCCAUCGAGGCAAGCACAAGGUAUUGGCCGGCGCGUCAUGGAGUGGGCAGAGGAGUACGCCAAGGACAGAUGGGCAGUCCAGAGCAUGGAGAUGUGGGUGAUAUAUCUGAGAGACGACCUGAUAGAGUACUAUGGCCGACGGGGCUAUCGUCGAACCGGAGAGACUAGGGAGUUCCCGUACGAGCACCUGUAUGAGGGGAAGGCUUUGAGAGACGACUUGUAUUUCGAUGUACUCAGGAAGGAAAUUCCCCCGAUACCCAAUUAG